AUGCUUUCUCUCGUUCUACUGCCCUGCCUUCUUCUUGGCACCUUCGCGCAAGCAAUUCUGCUUCCAAGUCCCCCGGGAUCGGCCAAUGUUCACAUCACUCAUUUCCCUCUGACUGAUACAAAUCGUGUCGACCCUUUUGCACCGUGUUGCAAUCAACCACGACGGCUGAUGGUAACACUAUACCAGCCAGCCACCUGUCAACAGAACGAAGCCAUUACCUACAUACCGCCGACAUCAGCGGCUUCAUUGAAAACGGUGUUUGGUCCCUACCUACCAAAUAUAAGCUUCGACAACUUCCAGCUACAAGUCUGUCCCGAGACCCCAGUGAACAACGAUGCGCCGCUUCUAUUCUUCUCUCCCGGUUACCUAGCCCCUCGCGUGGUAUAUGCUGUUGUCUUGCAGUGGGUUGCCUCGUUAGGCUUCAACAUACUCGCCAUAGAUCACCCCUAUGACGGAGCAAUUGUUGAGUAUCCGGACGGCAGUUAUGUGGAAUAUGCCAAUGUCACAAUCCCCGACGAGAUCCUCACAUUACUCGCACCUCGCGUUGCAGACGUUUCUAGCGUAUUGAACGCGGUGACUAAUAGUACGCGGUGCCAGCAGCUUGGAAUACCUACGCUUAAUACUGAGCGAAUGGCUGUCUUCGGGCACUCAUUGGGAGGCGCUACAGCAGCUGGUGCUAUGCUGGUAGAGCCCCGACUUCGGGCUGGCUGCAAUAUAGAUGGGGGCCUUUGGGGAGAGGAGAUUACCACGAACAAUGAUCGUCCGUUUCUACUACUUACUGCAGAGAACCACCCGGCGGCGGAUACAUCUUUGGAGGAGAACUGGCCUUACCUGACGGGCCGAAAGUGGCACUUGGAGAUCAGUGGUACGGCACACAACACUUUAACCGACUUCCCGAUCUUGUCAAGCCUCCUCGGGACCAACCUGACUGAUCCGGCUGUUGAAGCUUUCAUUGGAACGAUUGAUUCGAUCCGUAUACUGACGAUUCUGCGGGAAUAUAUUGCAGCGUUCUUCCAUGAAAUACUCGAGGCGAAGCACGAGGAGCUGCUCGAGGGACCAAGCAUGGAUUUUCCUGAAGUUCCCUUCCUGGAUCUGUCGUCGGGCAGCUACUAG